AGUUCCUAGACUGGUUCAGUGGAAUCAGUUGAGUUCACUGUCAACAACAACGAAACAUUUUACUGAAAAAAAAUGUCUUGUUCAGGAAACGACAUGGAUCAAAUAUUAAGUAAACAGUUUGCUGAUCUCCGGGAAGCCAUUGAUGAAAUUCAACGCUUGAAGAGCGCUGGACAACAUGUUGAGGUCAAGCGAUCUGCAGCUGCUCUAAUGUUUGUAGCCCUUAAGCAUUCUAAUCGGGAAGUGAAGCGUAAUAUAAAAUCCGGACGCGAUGAAUUACAUGCAGAAAAGUUGAAAGUCGAUAUGAGCAGAUUGCAGUUGCAGAGUCUAUUGUAUGAUGUUAGCCACUUAAAGAAAGAAAUAAUUAAGUGUCAGAAAUUCAAGAGCCGCGACUCGCACCUAGAGUUACUUUCAGACGAAGAAUAUGCGAGCAAGUUGCCCAGUUCGGCAACAAACGGAGAUGAUAAAUCAGAGGUGUCCAGUCACAGUAAACAUCUCCACCGCUUGGAGUGUGAACUACGUUUGCGAAAGGAUCUGGAUAAUCAAUACAAGUCCUUGCUGACCGCCAAGCAAGAUCUGUUGCAGGAAAAUCUCAAUCAGACCCAAAGAUAUGGAUCCUUUGCGCCAGCCUUGCGUACGCUUAUGGAUUCAACAAAACCAUUGCAUGAUGCCCUUCAACUAACUUUAGAUGUUGAUUGGAAACUAAGCGCUGUAUAUAAGUAUCUGCCGAAACCUCUAUACAUUCUAUUCAUCAAUUUGCAAUCCCUGCAACGCAUUAAUAGCGAUGCACCCAACAAAUUCCAUUCAGAAGUGGUAGGCUUCGAGAAUGAAGCCCACAUGCAGGAACUGCUUGCUGCCAAACAAAAACUUGGGUUUCCGGUUGAAAAUGGUGAAAAUGGUUCGUCUGAAAAUAUUCUGGAGCGACUUCUAGAUCCCUUUCCCUUGCAUAUUCGCAUAACGAUUUUUACAUCAGAUAAUUUACAUCAAAUGGAGCUAGUAAUACGAUAUUGGGGAUUACUUAAAUGUGCCACAGUCCAGGCGCAAUUCAGUUCAAAUUUGGCAGCAAGCGCCAAUGCACCAGGAGACACCAGUUUUGUACAUGAUAUUUUGCGACACUUGUAUCCAAAUGAUUUUGGAAAUGAAAUACCAAUACCGGGAAUACAAUGCGAGUUGCAAAAUUUGAAUUUGACUGCUGAUGAGUGUUUAAAGCAUUUGGAAAAGAAUAAUUUUGGCAAACCCUUCUGUUGGCUGCAAAACAUGUGCUCGAUUCCAACAGUUAAUACUGCCAACGAAUAUGUCCACGAAUUGAAUCUAAAUAAAUGCACUCGUGAGGCUAUUGCUCGAAUUUCCAAACGCUGUCAAUCUUGGGUAGAGCUAUCCCAGCAGAUUCGUGGUCUGACAUACAAAGACAUUGACUUGGAUACACUUAAAGAGAAUACAGCCGGCAUAUUGUCUGGAAGUCUUGUGCAGUGGACUGCAAUAACACCGGAGGAUUUCCAAGCGCAAAGUUCAGAUGCUUUGAAUUCAAUAUCUGAUGAUAGUACAGGGGAAAGCAGCAAUGAAGUUACACACACAUUUUAUCGUGCGGUCAUUGUUCGUGGCUCAGCCAAAAUGGAGUGCUUUAUUAAAAUCUUUAGCAACUAUCCGUUGGAGAUGCCUCUCUGGAUUCUAUGCAUUCAUUGGAAUGGUUGUCAUACAUCAAAGAAUAGUUCGGCCAUUAAGAUGAUGGAAUAUUGGACAAAUUCAUUGCGCGUCGAGGACUUGGAGCCAAAUCAUCAGUUCCUUUUCACUCAGCUUUUCCGUACAAUCUACAGUUUUGAUAUAUUCCUAGAGACAGAGGGCUCCACGCAAACUACUUUGGAGUAUAACAAGGAGAAGCCUUACCUAAAUCCAUUUACCAAGCGUAUUCGUUUGCGUCCCUACAAGUACACCAAAAAGGGAUCAGUCUAUGCAUUCAAACAAUAGUCUUUCCUUGGCUGUUGCAGUGUAUUUGCUUGUUUUUUUUUACGACAAUUAUAAGCAUAUUUACAAUGACUGGUAGUUGUGUAAAAUGAAUAAAUAAGUAGUAACGCA